AUGGCUAAAAUAGAGGAGAAAAAACUCCCAAUUUUGGAUGAGCUCGACAAACCAGGAAUCACCAAUGAAGAAGUGGAGAACGUGUAUGCAAGAUGGGCCAAAGAUUACGACAAGGAUCUCGAGGACCUCAACUACUAUGCACCGGCCAACAAUGCUAAUGAGGUAGAGAAUGCAUUGAAAGACAAAAAAGACGCGCUUAUUUUAGAUGCCGGCUGCGGAACUGGUUUGGCAGGAGUAGAACUUUCAAAGCGUGGUUUCCACAACCUCCACGCCCUGGAUGGGUCAAGUGAAAUGCUUGAGCAGGCCAAGCAGAAGGGCAUCUAUAAGAAAACGAUGUGUGCCUUACUUGGACCAAAUCGGUUGGACAUCCCGGACAGUACGUAG